AUGGCUACAAAGUACAUCUUCGUCUCGCUGCCCCGAGACGAGGACACCUUUGACACCCUCAAGACCUCGACCGGCGAGAAUGGCGACGUGCUCCCCUUCCAGAUCCCCAACUUCAAGAUCGGGACGCUGGACGCCCUCGUCCAGCAGGCCGACGACCUGGGCAAGCUCGAGACCGCCUGCCAGGGCCUCGUUGCCAAGGUCGCCGACUCGCUGCGCACUCUGCUCGACGGCAACGAGGACAAGAUCGCCCAGCAGAAGAUGGUCAACGACAAGCCGACCGAGAACUAUCUGCGCACCUUCUCCUGGAACAAGGUACGAUACAGGGCCGACAAGCCGAUCGGCGAGCUCGUCGACAACCUGCAAAAGGAGCUCGUCACCAUCGACAACGACGUCAAGGGCAAGUUCAACCAGUACACCUCGGUCAAGACCAACUUCGCCACCCUGCAGCGGAAACAGACCGGCAACCUGGCCACCAAGUCCCUCACCCCCAUCGUCGACCCCUCGGUCCUGAUCUCGGACUCGGAAUACCUCGAGACCCACCUCAUCGCCGUCCCGACCAACGUCAAGAAGGAGUUCCUGAAGAGCUACGAGAGCAUCUCGCCCAUGGUCGUCCCGCGGUCCGCCACCCAGGUUGCCCAGGAUGACGAGUUCACCCUGUUCGCCGCCACGACCUUCAAGAAGCACAGCGCCGAGUUUCAAGCAAAGUGCCGCGAGAACAAGUGGACGCCCCGGCCGUACAAGCACGUCGAGGGCGGCAGGGAGGAGGAGCAGAAGGAGUUCGACCGCGUCGCCAAGGAGGAGAAGAAGGUAUGGGGCGAGGCGCUGCGGCUCUCGCGCACCGGCUGGUCCGAGAGCGUCAUGAUCUGGGCCCACGUCCUGGCGCUGCGGGUGUUCGUCGAGAGCGUGCUCCGCUACGGCUUGCCUCUGGAGUACGUGCCCGCCCUGAUCGUGUCGUCCCCCAAGGUAUCCAAGAAGGUCAAGGAUUCGCUCGACAAGGCCUUCUCGCAUUUGGGAGGCAAUGCGUUCGGUCGCGACAAGCGUGGUAGGAUCACGAAAGACGACGCGGCCUUGUCCUCGGAAAUGGCGGCGGCAGGACUCGGUGAGGAUUAUACCGCAUACGUGUACUAUGAGAUUGAGGUAUAA